CGGCCCAGGUGACGUCCCCGGUCCUGACAGCCUGUCGAUCACUCCGUCAGAACGGCCUCUGAUUGGCUGCGUGUCGGUGUUCACGUGAACACAGAGUGGUGGUUUUGAAGCCACGAGAGAAAUAUGUGCAACAACAGGGAGAAGCUGAGGAGAGGAGCUCGCGACCACACCGGCUGCAGGUGUCCGGGACUUUGUCCUUUUAUAAAGAUCCAGAACAAAAAGAGGCGCGCUGUGAAACUUCAAGGAUGAUUUCCAGUGACGUAGCUGCGUCUGAGCUGCUGCUGUUGUAGCAUCAUCAAGUUUUAUGGAAGAUGCAAACUGACAGAAAACAGCGAACAUACGGAGUCCUGGAUGGAUCCUGCUGCUGAGUGAACUCUCCUGCAGGGAUGUGGAGCGUCCUGAGCGUGCUUCCUGCCACCAUGCCGAUCGACAUGGCGUCUACUCUGUUCCUGUCCAAAGAGGAGUUCAUCUACAGGGCGACUCCUGAAACCUGCGAGGCUCCUCUGAGCUCGUUUCAACGUUCUCACUGUGUCAAUCAGGUCCAACCAGAGGACAGAUCCUCCAGGAAAGACGCCAGAAAAGCCAAGAAGCAGGUGACGUUUGCGGAUCACAGAGGCCUGUCUCUAACCAGAGUGAAGGUCUUCUCCCAGUUCAAUGAUCCGAUCGAUAUUCCUCUGAACAUCCAGGAGAUGCUGAGCUCGGCGCUGUCUGUGAUGGCUGAGGAGGACAAACUGGUGCUGGACUUCACUCAGCCGUCCUCAGACUACCUGAACUUCCGCCAGAGUUUAGAGAGGAACUGCGUGAUCCUGGAGCACUGCAUGCUGAAGGAGAAGGCGCUAACAGGAACCGUUAAAGUCAGGAAUCUGGCCUUUGAGAAGUCGGUGAAGCUGCGAGUGACCUUUGACACCUGGAAGAGCCACACAGACGUGGCCUGUGAGUACGUGAAGGACACGUAUCCCAGCUCGUACAGCGACACCUUCUCCUUCCAGGUGAGUCUGCCGGACGAGCUGCGGCCGCACGAGCGCAUCGAGUUCGCCGUCUGCUACGAGGUGGACGGCUGCGAGUACUGGGACAGCAACCAGGGGAGCAACUACCGGAUCCUCUGGUCCUCCAUGAGGAGGCGCGAUCAGGACGCCUGCAGCCACCGCAGAGACUUCGGGAUUCAUUUUGACCGAUACGGCAGCCCGACCUGCUCACACGGGAUCUUCCCCGACUGGCCGAGCUACGCCGGGUACGAGAACAUCGGCCCGUACUACUGAACAUCUGUACGAGGUUUAUUUUUAAGGACUUGUGUUAAUGAAGCCUGUUAAAUGUCAUGUUGUUGAUUCAGCAAAAUCUGCUGUUUUUAAAGCAAAAUCUGGCACCAAUGAAGCGUAUAGAUAGAAUACUUUCAGUUUAUGGAUUGUUUUUAGUCUGUGCAAUGUCACAAGAUAAGGAACAAAUCACCAUUGCAGCUUCCCAGAGCUCAAGACGCCAUCUUUAAACUGCAAGUUUUGUUUGGAUGAUAUUUAAAAACUCAUAAACACACAAGUGAUUUACAUCUUAAGACACUGUUACCAUCUGCUUCCUUAGUGUCAAAAACACUUGUGUCUGUUGUUUUCUCUUGUGUUUCUUGUGGAUGAGGAUCUCUGACAUCACUGUGAACCAAAUCUAAGCUGUCGGCCUCCAGUUUCCCAGAACCCCAAACCCUUUUCCAUCCAGCUCAGUCUGCAGACCUGUCGCAUCACAUUUCCUCUCUGGUGAAUUCUGUUUUUAUAACCACAGAAAGAACUCUUUGUUUUCUGUAACUGCAUGUUGGUGAACUGAUGGCUGGUUAAUGUUGAUAAAACAUCACAAUUAUGUUCUUUUCACAAUUAGAAAAUUAUGAGUCUAAGGUGACGUCUUCAGAUCUCUUGUUUGAUCAAGCUCAGAGUCUAAAACACUAAACAGUGAGAAAAGCAGCAAAUUCUCACAUUUGAGAAGCUAGAAGUUGAUCAUUUUUUGGCCCUUCUGCUUAAAAAAGUACUAAAACCAAUUAAUAAAAUUUCAAAGUAUUGAUAUUAGCCACUAAUCGAUCAAUCUGUGCUCCUCAGGUGACACCACACAGCCUCACCCAGAGAUGCUGGUAAUGGUUUAAUAUUUCACAGAAACUGUUGGUUCAGAAGGUUUUAUCUCUCGUUUCUUUCACAAUAAUGUAAAAACACACACGAGAGUUCAGUCAGUCACUGUUUUUACAUUCACUGGGGCCAGUAGGGGAGAAAAUGUGACAUUCAGUUUUAAUUUAUUGUUAUAUUUUUAAAAAGUCAACCAGAAAACGUUCAAUUCUUUUCAGCAGAAUCUUUAACCUGCUGCAGCUGAAUCUGAACAAACCCACAUAUAAACACCAGAGAGAAAUUACAUUAUUCAUCUAAUGGUGUUUGUUUAAUUUGUAAUUUAGGAUUGAUUUUCUUUGUUGAAAUGUCUUUAUGUAUGUCAUGUUCAGUGUUGAAGCUUCUGCUUUCAUGGGAUUGUUAUGAAGUUGAAAGAAAUGCUGCUCAAUAAAGUCAUUUAUAUAAA